AUGUCGUAUUUCACAACUCCCAAAGAACCCGCAACUAAGCUUGGCCGUCAUCGUCAGCUUGCGCCUCUCGCGGGGGUAUACGUCUCGCCCAUCUGCCUUGGUGCUGGGAGUAUCGGCGACCAGUGGGCCAAGAUUGGAAUGGGGCAGAUGGACAAGGCGGACAGCUUCGCUCUGCUCGAUGCGUUCUACGAGGCGGGCGGAAACUUCAUUGACACCGCGAAUUUGUACCAGGACGAGUCAUCGGAAAUGUUCAUCGGCGAGUGGAUGGAGGCCCGCGGGAUACGCGAUCAAAUCAUUGUCGCGACGAAGUAUACCGGCGAUUACAAGCGCGGGGCGACGGAUAUCCCCCAGAAGUCGGCAUAUAUUGGCAACGGCAUGAAGUCGCUUCAUGUCUCGUUCGAGGCUUCCUUGAAAAAGCUGCGUACAAGUUAUAUCGAUCUGUUGUACGUUCACUGGUGGGACUUCUCAUGCAGCAUCGAAGAGGUAAUGAACGGGUUGCACAACUUGGUGGUGCAAGGCAAGGUUCUGUAUCUCGGUAUAUCGGAUACGCCAGCAUGGGUCGUUACGAAGGCGAACACAUAUGCAAGGCUUACAGGAAAGACGCCGUUUUCGGUGUACCAGGGCGCGUGGAGCAUUCUGCAGCGCGACUUUGAACGUGAAAUCAUUCCCAUGGCUCGCGCAGAAGGUAGCAUGGCACUCGCUCCGUGGAACGUCCUCGCUGCGGGGAAGAUCAGGACAGAUGCAGAGGAGGAGCGCCGACGUCAAACGGGGGAGAACGGUCGUACGGCGUUUGACCCGCGCUGGGAGCGCAAUGAGAACGAGCGCAAAGUCUCGCUCGCUCUGGAAAAGGUCGCAAAGGAGGUUGGUGCGAAGAGCAUUACCGCCGUCGCGAUCGCUUAUGUGAUGCAAAAAACGCCAUAUGUCUUCCCCAUCGUCGGCGGGCGCAAGAUCGAACAGCUGAAGGACAACAUUGCUGCGCUCGAUAUUGCGCUGACCGACGAGCAAAUUGCAGAGCUCGAAGGCGUGCUUCCUUUCGACCCAGGAUUCCCAUCGACGUUCGUGGGCGACGGGACGAAGGUUCCUUCGACUCAUGCCCGCUCGGGGCACUUCGAUAAGGUGCCAGUUCCGCAAGCGAUCCGGCCGUCGAGAUUAUAG